UCAAUUUUGUGUUUGGCACAGUUUGGCAGCUGUUUAGUGGCGUAAAAUGUGUUUCGCAGAUUUUUGUUUAUCUAAUUAAUUUACAAUGUCUACUACGAUUGCAAAAUACGCGAUUCAAUAAAACGAAUUCACGCGUAAGACAUAGACUCUUUUGUAAAAUGCUAAUCAAAUACGUUCAAAACAAAGCUUCGGAGAGAAAGUGUCUCGAAUAGUAAAUAACGGGUCGAUAGAAAUAUGUCUGUCCCUGAUUUAUCCGUGGGAUGUCGAUUUGCAGAUUAUUUUUCAAUAUGUGGUCUCGACUUUGAUUCAGGCUUGGAGCCUGAUCGUCUGUGUGGUGACAAUUUACAUGUGUCUCCUUUGGAUCGCGCCUAUAAAGGAAAGAUUUUAGCCCACUACCCAGAUAAUAUCCAGAGCAAUCCUUUUGAUGAGCAUGCAGUUUGUAUGCUAUGUCUCCCUGCUGGGUUACAAUUUAGAACACAAAAACAUUCUUUAGAUCCUAAAUUUCAUAGUUUUGUUGUAACCAGAGAAAAUGCCUCCAGAUACUAUGGAUUUAGUCUUAUAUUUUAUGAAGAAGUUAGGAAUCGAAAUAUUUGCAGUGCAAUGCAUACCUUACAGGCUAUGUAUAUCACUGAACUGUCAAGCGGACAGACUCCUCCAGGUCACAGAAAGGGAACUGGCAAAGAAAGCUCCAGAUCCCUUCCCAGAUCAUUCAAACUAACUCCGCACAGUGGAGCUGCACUCACAUAUUAUGAUAUAGCCAAAGAUAAACUCUAUGUAGCCAAAAGUAUAGCUCUUAUAUGCCAGUACCCGUAUGUAAGAGUUGCACAAUUGUUCUUAGAGAAUUUAUUUAGGUCAUUGCCUCGUCAACCUGGGCCAGGCCUGAGUCCAGAGUCUUAUGUUUACAAUUUACUUUAUGAAGUGCCAGUACCUCUAUCAGGGCAAGCAUUACGCCUCUAUGUACCGCCAUCGGAACCUCAUCUUGACCCCAUUCCUGUUGUGAUAAGAAUGCCAAACCCACCCGAAGAGUUACCACUGCUUGAUUAUCCUUUACGAGUAAUGUUUCAAACGCUCGGUGUUGAAUGUGUGGUGCAGCUCUUUACUUGUGUGUUGCUGGAACACCAAGUAUUGCUUAGAUCUUCUGACUACAACAAGCUGAUGCUGGUGGCGGAGUGCGCGGUGUCUCUGCUGCUCCCGUUCUCGUGGGCGCACGUGUACGUGCCGAUCCUGCCCGCGCCGCUGUACCAUUUCCUGGACGCGCCGGUGCCUUUUGUCAUGGGUCUACACGCCGAGAGCUCAGCGGCAGGCAUGGGCCAGCAUGGCCCCCGGAACGUAGCCUUGGGCUCGGAAGCAGCUCUGUGCUUGGUGGACAUAGACAAGCCAGACAUACAGCUCCCGGAAGAGCUGCCAAUAUUCCCGCACCGAACCCCCUUCGUGGAGGAACUCAACCAUGUCCUAGAUAAACAUCAGAUCCAAAGACCAGAAACGGAGCCAACGAAACUCGGCGUGCCCUUAAACGGAACAUCGUACAAGAGCAUGAACGAUAGCAUGAGCAGCAGUUGCACUUUGCCAUCAGGUGGGCUGCGUAGAAAGCACUCAUUCCACGACGUAUUGGAAUGGGAAGAGAGCCGGCCAUUGAACGCUUCGCCGCCCGCGUCGCCGACUAGGCGCGCGCCGCUAAGAAUGGACGCGCUGCAACGCAUUGUUGACAUCGUCAAACGGACUGGUGUAAACAUUGAUGACGUAGACGCGGAAACUGUGAUGCCCACAGUGAAAAAGAAAAUACUCAACGACGAAGAACAAUACAACGAAGAUAUCCGCUUCAAUGUUGCCAUCAGGGAAACAUUUUUAAACAGAUUUGUGCACAUGUUUCUCAUGUAUGAAAACUUUGUCAUCAUGCCCGAUCAGGACCGCGACUCCUGGCUAACGGCGCGCGAGUCUAUGGUAAACUUCGACAAGGCGUCGUUCCUGUCAGACCAACCCCAAAGGCAUCGGCCGUUCCUGUCUCGCUUCCUCGAGACACAGAUGUUCGCCACUCUCAUAGACAACAAGAUUAUGGCCAACUGGGGAGAGUAUGACGCCAACUUGCAGGUCUUCGAGCAUCGCAUAAAGGCGGUCAGACGUCGGCUAGGCGAAGGGGGGCUGGCGACGCGCGGUUACAGCGUGUGGGCGGGGACAGCCAGCGGCUUGGGGGGGCUGGGGGCUGAAUUAGAGGUGGGGGCUCCCGUGGAGCGUCUGCCCCACCGGGCGGCGUACUACCGCGCCUUCCCCGCGCGGCUUGACCCAGCUGCCCUGGCCCCGCCGCCAACAGCCGACCGCAGGACGAAUAGCUUGAAGCGGAUAAAGAACGCGAAAUGGCAAGUAAAAGACUGCCCACCGGAAUUGUUGCUCGGUGACAUCAGCAGAAAGCUGUCUACCGACGUCACUCCUGCAGCUAUCGCCCAGAACAACAGGACCUUUGUAGAAAAGCUUCUCAAAGAAUGCAAAAGUAAAACUAAACGCAUGCUCGUUGAGAAAAUGGGUACGGAGGAAAGUGAUCUAGGGUUGGGAAGCGAGGUUUCUAUAACAGGGGUUGAAGAGAGCACUAUGAUUGCGUCUCUCUGCGACUUAUUAGAGCGACUAUGGUCCCAUGGGCUGCAGCAUAAGAUGGGUAAAUCAGCGCUGUGGAUGCACCUCACAAAUUAUCAAGAGUUAGAGCAGUGCAGUAACUCCACUAAACCGAUAGACCCGAACUAUCUUACUCCAGAUCUAUCGUCCGUGGGUGCAGAGGUAGAAGCUCAACAAAGCACUAGUAGCGGGAGUAGGUCCCGGGACAGUUCCCGGGGUGGAUCCCGGGAUAGUUCCCGGGACCGGCUCAGCAACUCCGGGACUUUGGAGCGGAAGUCUUCGCAGCCACCCAACCCGAUGAGGCCGCUGCCUGAAAGUCUGACAUUUGACAUGAGGAACGUCCAAGCUAUGACCGACAUAAAGACUGAAAUCGGUUACGCUCGGGCGUGGGUGCGCCUAUCUUUAGAGAAGAAGCUUCUAUCGAAGCACCUUCGGGAACUCUUAGCUGACACCACGUUACUACGGUCCCAGUACAAACGGACCGCCUUCUUGCGCUGCGAGGAAGAAAGAGAGCAGUUCCUCUACCAUUUGCUGACGUUGAACGCUGUCGAUUACCACUGCUUCACCAAUACUUAUCCCACCACAAAACUUCCAUACCGAGUUCUCAUCGUACCAUCACGAAAGGCUAGUCAGACUACGGCGAACUGUUGGAUAUCGAUAUCAGGAACAAACAGAGAGUCGACCCCGAAGAUACCCAUUCCACGCAACACUAACGAAUUUGUCUUCCACCACAAAAACUUGGGUAUUCUAUCAACAUUGCGCAUCGGCCAUGAUAAUUCUGGGCUGUCUCCAAGAUGGUUGCUCGAUCAAGUCUUCGUAAGGAAUGAAGUUACGGGACAUACCUACACGUUCCCAUGCAACCGCUGGCUAGGUACUGGUGUGGACGACGGGUCUACUGAGCGCCUUUUACUAGCAGCAAGAGUGCGGGGUUCCCGCGCCCGCACCCCGCACCCGCCGCCCGCGCCCGCCUCGCACCCCGCCACGCCCACCACGCAUCUGUCUACGGCCACUAUACAGCACAUGAUCGGUGACUGUGUAAACGCUAUAGUGAAGUGGCACUAUCAGUCGAAGAGAGAGAAAGACGCAAACUCUCUCAGCGUCCUUCUCUGCGGCGAAAACGGAUUAGUGAAGUGUUUGGAGCAAGCAUUCCUUUGCGGAUUUAAAUCUGCGAGAUUGUUCGGGAAGAACCUCUUCAUUUGGGACUACUUUGCGAGGGUGAAAGAUGAGUUCAAAAUGAGUUUGUGCGACGAACAAAGCUCGCAAAGUAACAAGAGUUGCGGAGUAGCCUACAACUGCAGGCAAGACCAGGAGCACCGGUCCAUUUGGAGAUGCUACUGCCAUCUGAUGGAUGAAAUAAACACUGUAGGACGGACCCUGGGCAAGGACGGGAAAUUCCAACUCUUCAUUUGCCUCAGCCUUCGUGAACACUGGCUGCACAGAAUGCUGGUUCCAAUGUCGAUGACGCGGGUAACCACCGAGAUGUACGAAGAACAGAGUUUCCUUCGCAAACGCGGACUUCUCACAUUCCUCAGGCAGAUCCUCGAGCCUUUGGACGAAUUCGAUAUCGUGCUAGAAAACUCACUCACUCAAGGCAUUUAAACAUUCAGUAAAUGUGGUUAGAUAUGCCAAAUGUAGGUAAGUUUUAACACCCAUGUCAUAACAUCAAUACAGACGCGGGUAUUUUUGAAGCAGUUCUUACACUAUUUAUAAACGUCGAGUAACAAGUUCUCAUGUAUAAUAUGUUCAAAACUAAAUGCUUUUCUUUAUAAGACAAUGCAAUAAUUGAUCAUAUCAUUUUAUUAAACUUAUUUACUUCUAAAGUUACAACAACUUUAAAAACAUUGUCAUGACAGACAAAUGAUCCUGGAAAGGCAACAAUAUCUGAUUAUUUUGUGUUACUCGACAUAAUAUGAAAUUACUUAUUUAAUAUACUUACUUAGUGAAAUUUAUAUUUGCCAUUUUGAAUCUCGACUGACUGCAAAUUAUAAUACUGUCAACUUUUGAUUAGGAGUCCAUUCUGAGAUAAAUGCGUGGUUCAAACUGCGUCAUUUGUCUAUGCAUUUCAUUAAUUAAAAUUGGUCUCGUUAGAACGAACCUAUAAUACUCGUAUGUGUACAGAAAUCAUGGAAUAACUGAUUCCUUGCCCUUUUAAAUAUAAUAGCUGUAGACAAAGAAAUUUUAUUUAGAAUAUGACAUAGCAUAAAUCAAUGGUUAAACCAAUUUAGGUCUUAUUCUUAGAUUUACGCGAACCUGAUUGAAAUGAAUCAUAAUUUACGAAAUGUCAACAGAUAACACAUUUAUUUACCACAAGAUCCCUUUAUAACGAAUAAUACAGUAAACUAAAAACUAAGGCAGAAUAAGACAAGACAAAUAGUGUAAACGUAGUUUGUUUCAUUUCAAUCACUUGGUCAUGUUACAUGAAGUUUUCUCUGUAGUUUCCAUCCUGCAUAAUAAAAAAAAGUUCUUAGUUUUAAGAUAAAAAUGUGUAAUACUCAAAGAUACACUCAUUUGAUAGAUAUUAUUAGUUUUGGAAAAGGAAUAACAUUAAUGGAAGUGAAUAAUUGGACAAUGGAAAUUUCAAAUCUUAUUGGAGUGGGGUGUUGAGGGAUGAGGUACGAGGUCUGUACGGGGGACGGAGUAGAGCACAGAUAAUAAUGCAUAAAAAACUGGUCAUUUGUUGAAAUUUUCAUUGGCGAAUCAUACAGAAUGAUAUACAAACACAAAAGUGUUAAUUUUAUUGCUUCAAUAGAGCGAUAUCGAAAUGUUACUUGUGUCGAAUGUGCAUACUUUAUAUUCUUACCGUUACCAUUCGUAAUGAGAUGCAUAUAUUUUUACGUUUGUCGGUUGAAGGAAAUGUUGCUGCAUUUUUAAAAUAGAAUCAACGCUUUAUUUGUGCACGAUAUGCAAAAACAUCUGUAUUGCGUAAAUGCUAUCAGCGUAGGUAUCAAUGAGGUGUUGUUUAGUUAUUUUUGUUGAAUUAAUUGUGAUUACGUCAUUUGUUUCAGAGCAUGCUUAAUUAAGCAUGCUAUAGCGUGUGCUUGUGAAUGUAUGUUUCCAUUCGUACUUUAGGCUAUUUGUGCUAGUACUACCAAACUUAUGAAAUUGAUAUUAUUUAUCAGGGUCUGAUUUUUGUGUACCUAGCUUUUUUAUUUUUAAGUUUUAAAUGUGAUUGUUGUUUUUAUUUUCUUGCCAGUUAAACCCAAAGAUUAUUUAUGGUGGUGCAUGUGGCAUAAUGUUAACUUAUUUUUUAUGAUGAAUGCAUGGUGGUGCAUGUUAUUUUAUAUAAUAUUAUGAACAUUUUCACUGUAUACUUAAUCUUUAUUGUAAUAUAGGUAAAUGUGCAGCAUUUAUAACACUGUCAAUUCGAGCCCCACAACAUGACAUGUAAAAAAGUCUUCGAAUAGUUUUAAUUAAUAUGAUCGAACAUCGAUUAAUUACUUAAAAGUGAUAUUUAUAUUUUCCAGUAGAAACGCACUCCAGUGAUUGUUUAUUAGGUUUCGAUGUCAAUCAUCUACUUAAUGCACAUUUUCACAAUAGUUAUGUAAGCAUACAAUAUCUUUCGUGAAACUUACAAUGUUUAGCAUUUAGUUAAAUAUUUUAGCAUAGUCAAUUGAUUUUAAAUAUUCAAUGUCCAGUAUAGAGUUCACAUUAAAGUUACUCUAAAAUUAACAAACUUAUAAAAAAAGCUUUUUUGUAGCACGUCUGUCUGUAUCUCAAUUAUCAUUGAUUUUGCACUUUGAUUGUAAUAAUUGUCUUAAAAUUGUUAGAAUCUUUCUUACAUUGAUGGUUGUUUAGAAUUUUAGCCGUCCUAUUUCAUUGUUGUAUGUAUGCCAAAUGGAAAUAAAUAGCUAGCUACAACUUCAAGUUCUGUAUGUGACACAAGUUAAAAGAUUGCCGUUUGAUGGCUGCACUAUCGAUAGAUCUGUCUCAAGCGCAGGCUACACUACGAACUAUAAAACUGAAUAUAGUCGGGGGAACGGGGAAGCAUGGGAUUACGACCGGGAUACACCGAACGUUGCUGCAUAGACUGGUUGCAAUUGUGCUUACGUAAGUUUAUUAUAGAGUGGGCCCAGAAUUUUUGCAAAUACUAACGUCCAACACUCGUUUUCUUGAAAACAGUUUGAGGAAGGGGCGCGUGGGUGGCGAGAAACAAUAAAAUGUACCGGCCAAGUACGUACAGUACGAAUCCCUAAAACUACUUUGGGACAUAGUGUGGCCUGCGCUUUUGUAUGCUUAUUUUUAUACCGAUCGUCCAAAGUGAAAAGUUCUUGUGCCAAAAACAUGCUGUCUCAUAUUAUAAGUAUGAAAUUAGCAUAGAAGGAAAACAACCGUGCGGUUCUAAUUUCCACCGUAUAAAAUCUCAUGUUAUCAUGGAAUCAUUUAUGAUUAUAAUGAAUUAUUUUCGGUUUAAUAAGAACGACGCAUAUUAUUUCUGAAACCCCAAGCUGUUGGUCUCCGCGUCCAUUAGCUGAAUUAAACAAAAGAUGCGUGCAAUACAAGAAACAUUUAUAAUAUCAAAUUAGUCGUAGAAAGUAGAAACACUGUUCGUAAAGACAGCUGACGAAAAAUGUGUUUUAUUAACACGGUCCAGAUCUUAAUUUGUCACACUGGAUGCGUUCUGGGGUCCGGUCGUCUUGCCGAUUGCCCUGAUCAACAAAGUUGUUCAUAUACAUAAUGUGGGCUGUGUUUACUUUGGCUUAUUGACCUGACCGCAUACGCCGAACGCAUUCAGUAGGGUAAAACCUUCAAGUUGCGUACUUGUAUGCUCUUUUCACGACGCAUAAGUUACUUGUAAAGGUUGACGGUAGUAAAUGUAAUAUGCUUCAUUCAUUUGUAAUGCAUAAGGUUACAGUUCAGACAAUAGAAUAUGCAAAAAAAGGAUUAGAUAUGAAAACGUACCGUGUUAAAUAUCGGUAUUGUAACUUCCUUUAUUCUUUCAGAGAUAAUAAAUCAUUUUAAUUUUAA